UUAACCUGAGUGCGAUCUAGACGAGAAAAGAAAUCGGGUGCGGACAAAAGUCUUUGCCUCUAUUUCUCUGGCUUCUUGUUUUCGCUUCGAUUGCAUUCUCCCUGUGUAGCUCCCGCGCUCUCCGGCGGCGGAUAGCAACAGCGAUUCGGUUACCCACGCCCCGACUUAUCUUUCUUCUUGAAGCAUUGACUCGGCUCUCACGUUGCUCCGAAGUCGGGUUAUAGCCGCAUUGAUUUCACGCUUGUCCGCCGCAGUUUGAUUUGAUGAUGUGCUUUUGAUACUAGAGUGCCUUGAGUCGUCGAGUGGGAAGUGUUCAUCGAUGUCUGCUAAGUCGCUCAACACGGCUGCAACGCUUUUUGCGGGCCCCGGAAAAGCGAGCAAUUCAACACCGUCUGUCAGUGGAAAUGCUUCGUUCCAUCUCGUCAUAGAGGGAGACAUGCAAACACUCUCUACUCAGAAUGCUCCAAAAGACGGACCGGUACAAGGAAUAUUCUUCGUUCCUAGCUUAGAGCUGAGCGAUCCGUGCAAUAACGUAACCGCGCCGUAUAUUCCAGCAAAUGUGACCCGCCAUCAAGACGUGAGCCCACAUGGCUACCAAACUAUUGGGCUUGCACCCUGGAUCACCUCGAAUUGCAGCAAGUCAUUUUUGGAUGCCGCGAGCCGUUUAGACACAGAAGCGCUGGUGUUUUUUCUCCCGGUACGUGACGAUGCAAAACCACCACCGCCAGACGAUCCUACGUGGUUGUUAAGCGGUGGAGCUUCUUUGGAGAACGAUUAUCCGUAUCCCGUUUAUGCUAUUCCUGGAUCGGCAGGUGUUACUUUUUUUGAGCAACUGUCACGGUAUCCAAGCAAUGAAAUAUUUCCCCAAAACCAGCAAAAUGCUUCCUCCCGGGGUGAUGGGGGAUAUGUGCGGUUGUAUACUUUCAUAGAAUUAGAGGAAAGCGGAAAGAAAACCCCAAGUAUCUGGGGGUUUCUAUUAGCAAUUCUCGGGACCGUAGUAGUCCUAGGUGUUAUUCUUUUCCUUCUAUAUCAAUUCUUACAGAGGCGACGGCGUGAGAUCUUGCGGCGGCGCCUUGCAGUAAGUGCGGCGGACUAUCAGCAGUUCCAACUCCAGCACCUCAAGGUCCCGCAAGAGUUUAUUGCGAGGCUUCCGACCUAUGUCUAUCCUAACUUGGACCACUAUGGUGAAGAUUGUUCGAUGCAAACCCCGUACGACAGCAACAUACCCGAUAGAAUUGGUAAUACAAAAAAUGGCGAGGACAAGCAGAAAAAUAGUGAAAAGGAGCCGGGGGUGGAGGCGAGUGGGCUAAUGACACAACACAAGAACCCAGCUGGCUUUGAAGGUGCCCUGGACGCUGAACAGGAAUCUAAAACGCCUCAAGAAAGAGCGCGAGAUAUAUCGCCACGAACAGCUCGAUGCGAGACACCCUCACAGACAACAUGCGCCAUUUGUCUUGACGACUUCACCCCAGAAUCAUCCAUCGUACGCGAAUUGCCGUGUGGCCACAUCUAUCACCCUGAAUGCAUUGAUAUCUCUUUGACUCGAAGCAGUAGCCUUUGUCCGCUAUGCAAAAAGAGCGUGUGGGCACCUGAAUUCUACCCGAUUCCCACCCCCGAAGCUACAUACCAGCAUGGUAAUGUGCGGCACCCAUGGCUGAUGACGCAGAUUUGACGAUUGAUGUGUUUUUUCUGAUCGCCAUGUUGAGAUACCCUACUUGCACAGGUGACGUCUUAAACGCACUAUACUUCGAGACCAUGGAUCUCAUCACUCACCACGAUUUAAGAACUGAUACACUGGCAUGGGGUGGGGUUGGCUUCGACUGGGAACUCGAGCGACUGCAAUCAGCCGUUGCCUUUAUCUCUUAAUUGGUUCAAAGGGCUCUUGGCGUCUUUUCUUGAUGGUUGUAGCUAACAUGCCUGUCCAAGGUUGGGGGUUUAACGUCAAAUCAUCUUCGAGGCACCCAAGAGUCAACUCGCGGAGAGCGCCGUCAAAGCAGCUUGGCAAGUCUUGGAAUUGCAGCGGAAAUGCCCGAUCAUUCCAUCCUCCGUUUCCUAAUUUAAAAACAAUGCCGAAAUACUUGAUCUUUCAUACUGUAGAAA